CAUGGUUUCUAAAAACGUUUCAAGCGAGGUAACAGAUGAAGAUAUUUCAACACAGAUUUCAAGGUGAGUAGAAAAGAUUUUCUCGGAGUUUCCAAAACGAGAUUAGAAACUAUGGAGACAUUCUCCAUUCUCCCACAGUAUAUAAAGAGGGGAGAUGUGGUUUUGUAGACAGAAAGAGAAGAAGAAACAAACAAGAGAUCAGAGGAGAGCGGAGAUGGAGAAGGAGAACCAAAGUGGCAGCCAUGGAAAGGGGUAUUUGAAGCUUUUUGGGGUGGAAAUCAGAACAAAUGUCAGUGAUGACGAAGAAAGUAUGAAGAAGAGCUUAUCCAUGGGGGAUUUGGAAUUGUCCAUUAGCCUAAAUAAUGAGAAUGAUGAUAAUGUUGGGUAUCUCUCAGACAGCCUGCUUCAGUCCAGCACCCCCGAAACUGCUCAUCAUCGUAAGAAGAAAGUGACUCAAUGGUCUAGAGAAGAACAUCAAAACUUUUUGGUGGGAUUGAAAGAGAAGGGAAAAGGCAACUGGAAAGAUAUAGCCACCAAGUUUGUGAAAACCAGGACUACCAGCCAAGUCGCCAGCCAUGCACAGAAGUAUUAUCUUCGACGGAGGGGGCGCCAUGAAAGGAGGCGUAGACCAAGCGUCUUCGACAUGCCUUUCGAACCUGCUGCUCCUUCUCAAGCUUCUGCGUCUUCUUCAUCUUCACCAUGUCCACAACAGGCUACUACCUCGCGUGGAUUGCCAGUGAAGAGUAACGUUGAAAACAACUAUCCCAGUAAUUUUCACGGUGUUCCAUAUAUGGUGGGAGUACUUCCCCAAAACACGGUGGGUUCACAGAGAUUUGUAGCAGAUAGAUUUGCUCCAUCAGUGUCGUACGUGCCCAUGGUGAUUUUCCCCGGUCCACCCUUGGCCUACUUAAGAGCUACCCACAGAAAAUUUGCUGCUGCUGCGACUGCUAUUAAUUCACGCCCGAGGCAAUGAUGCUAGUUUAGAUUUCUGCAGAUUUAGUUUGUAUUUGCUACAGUAAAAUUUCAAAAAUAUUUGAGCAAAUUCAUAGAAUCAAUAAAUCAAAUUUACCAUUUUUUUUGGGUGA